CUUUGAUGUAAGCGACCAGAAGCAGACAGCUGUACUUCCGCAUCAGACGAAGAGAUGCUUCUCUAUCACAAAAGUCAUGCACGGGAAUAACUUUGUACAUGUUUAUUUAAAAUAAACAAGAAACAGGAACCAUUUUGAUCCCAAGAAUGACCAUUUGUCAAGAGACCAUGGACUUGGAUCACGAUUCUAAACCACGACAUGCUGUUUUCACGAAGAUGGAAGCAAUUAUAAAGAAAAUGCAACAUGAUGACCGAGGUAUCCCCAGUAAGAACAGAAAGAAUACUGCCACACAUCCUGUGGUGGAUAGGAAACUAUUUACAGGAAGUGACAUCAUUGAAUGGCUGAGGAGACGGUUCCCUGAGUCUGAGACAGAGGAGAUGGCUCCAAAAGAGGCGCUGCACUUAGCAAACCUCCUGUGUCAAUAUGGCUACAUCUAUCCAGUUGACCUGAAAACUUUCACCAUCAAGGAUGACAGGUCGACUGAGUACAGGUUCCAGACUCCAUUCUAUUGGCCAUUUUGCAAGCAGAAAGCUGCAGACAGUAUGGAAUAUGCAAUUUACCUACAAAAGAGGAAUAUGCGCAACAAGAGUAAGCAUGAACUAGAGCCAUAUGAAAAGGAAGCACAUGAGAAGUUGUUGAAAUUUUUCUCUGAUAAGAAGGACUUUAUUAAAGCUCAAGCUGAAGAACAGGUCAAGGAGCUGAAGAAGAAACAGCGUCAAGAUAAGAUGUUAGGUGACCAACAAGAGAGAGCAUUCUGGAGGAUACAUCGACCUCCGAAAUCCCAGGUAAACUGCUUGGAGGAGGGACCCAAGAGAAACAUACAACCAAACCAAAUGAUAGCUAGAAAAAAGAAAAACAAGGACUGGUACAGACAAGAGAUUACUUUCCUGAAAAAGUCCAUGGACAGGCCAAGGAUGAAAUUUUCAAAGGCAUUUGAAUGUUAUUGUACACGAUGGACCCAGUAUCAUGAGUAUGACCCGUUUCUUGAGCCGAGUGCAGCACAGCCUAGUAACCCUUGGAUCACGGACGACCCAACCAUGUGGGAACUAAAUAAAACCCUGGUUCCAAUUCCGACAGAAUUGCGAGUAAAGAAGUGGAGCUUUAGCUUCUAUGAACUUGUCUCUGAUCAGACUGGAUUGUCAGAAUUUGAGAAGUAUUUAGAAAAAGAAUACAGUCAGGAAAAUAUACGCUUCUGGAAUGAAGUAGAAAAACUCAAGGAUUGCCCAUAUAAAGAACUCAAGGAGCGCAUGGAACAGAUCUACAGAGAAUUCCUAGAGAAGGGAGCUAACUGUGAGGUUAAUGUUGAUUCUAAAACCAUGGAGCAAGUACAUAAAAAUUUAAAGGAAAAGUUUGGGCCUCGAAGUCGUUACGCGUAUGACCCAGCCCAGGAACAUAUCUAUAACUUGAUGAAGAAGGAUAGUUAUGCACGUUACCUAAGAUCGGAUCAUUACAAACAGUUACUGGUUCAGGCUAAGCAACACCCAUUUACCAAGAGAAAAUUCUUUAGCUGGAGUAACAAGAGUAAACAACAGGCACAGCCCCAGCAGAGACCGACAACUCCGAGUCCCAAGGUGGCGAGGCGCCGGGACAGUAACUCCAGCGACCGAUCACGUGAUGUGAGCUCCGACGUGAGUGGUGGUGACUCCCCAGUACAUAUGUCUGGACCUCAUCACUCGUACAGCACCAGUGACCUAAAGGAACUCGGCAACACCCACAAAUCGGUCCUUUCCCAGGGCUUUAAGGGGUCUGACAACAGCCUUUCUAUGAGGUAAGAGACGGGCUUUGGU